AUGCACAGACAGGAAGUCAUGAAUACUCCAAUACAAGUGAUCAACCUUUCAGAUGAAGAUGAUGAUCUGGAUCUUCAUGAUGCAGCAAUAGAAGACAGACAAGAUGUGAAAAAUGAAGAUAGGGAAAGUAGGACUCAAGAGCACUCUGAAGGAUGUGAAUCCCAUGAUGGCAUUGCUUGUAGAAAGGUACAAAGAAUGGAGGGUGAUCGCUUUGACAUCCAGUUGCCUUACAUACAAGAAUCCAGGCCCAAGACAACAUUCAGGACCCAGAUGGAUUCAAACAUGUUCUGUGAUGGAAAGCAGAGCAUGUUUUCUAGCAUCUACAAUCCCUUGCUUAUGUCUCUAGACUACAAUGUCCCAGGGAGUAUGAUGAAAAAACCCUUUCUUGAUUGUGGAAUAUCUGUGUCAUCACCAGCUAAUACUCAGCACAUGGUGGAUUUUUUAAACAGUGGCUGUGACUAUGGUAGCAUUUUGCCAGAUUUGGAAGCUGAUUCAGACAGCAAGAAUGUGUUGGAUAUUUCAGAAAACCUGGCAAAUCGGAAAACUUACGACUGCUUGCCUUCCUCUCCUCGAUCUGAAAUUCCAGACAAUUCUCCCCAUAACAUGUUUCCAUCAUACAAUGAUGCAUGUUUUUUGGAUGAUCGUUUCACAUGUGGAAAGUCUGGGUUCAGCAUGGGUCUGCCACAGAUCUUGCAAGAACUGGCACAAAAAUUCCCAUCUAUGCAGGGUCUUUCAGCUGAUGAGACCAACUAUGUUGACAUUAUUGGUUGGUUGACAGUUUUUGUGAGAAAACUUACAUUCCUCUGCUCCUUCAAUGACAUGGGCAAGAGUUCUUGUAUUGCCUGUGGAGUGAGUUUGAAGGAAAAUACAAUCCACAAACAUGAAGUCAAAGGCAACCUGUUGCUUGGCAAUGGGUUUGGGGUCAUUGAAAUAGAAGCAGUCAAUGUGAGAGAGAUUGGUUGUCAAACAGAGGGAGCUGAAGCAAUCAGUCCUGCAAAAAGUCUUGGAAGGCGGCGAAAGCAACAAGUGACUCUCAAGAAUAAGAAAAUGCCAGAUUUAGCUGAAGAUCCUUUGAAGGACUCUAGUGAAGACACACAAAAUCCUGAUGUAUCAAUAUCAGACAUGUAUACAUCUGAGAGCCUUCCAGUCCCAGAUAAGAAUCUCCUUGAUCUGGAUAUUGUGGAGAGUGAAGAUGAAAAGAAAAAGUCUCAAAUGGUACAAAGUGAUGGAAUGGGGCAGAUUGAGGAAUAUAUCUCCAACAAUACCAGGGAGUCAUUAAGUACUGAAGAAACACCAGCCAGUUCAGUUCCAGGAGCAUCCCCCCCUGCUCAGAGGUUGGACUGUGAAACAUUCUCCCCAACUAAGAAGAGGAAACAGCGAAACCUAGAAAUGAACAUCAAGAAGUUGGAGAUCAAGAAAAAGUUGAAGAUGACUUCCAAGAAUGAGACUGAGAAGGCAUUCAAAUGUCCGUCAUGUGGCAUUUGUUUCUCAACUGAGGAUCGGCUAGAAAAGCACAAGAAUGUUCACUUUGGGGGAUUUGUGAGAAAGGCGUACUUGGAUGGCCACAUGCGCAUCCACUCAGGAGAGAAACCCUUCCGAUGUGAGGAUUGUGGGCGUGGCUUUGCUGAGAAGUCAAAUCUCCUUAGUCACAAGAAGUUGCAUUGGGCCAUUCGACCACAUCAGUGCAGCCAAUGUCAAAAGUCUUUCAUUGCCAAGAGGAACUUGGAAUUGCAUCAGCUGACUCACACUGGUGAGCGACCAACCCAAUGUGAAGUGUGUGGGAAGUGUUUUGGGGGGAGCAAGGGACGACUAAGGCGCCAUCUACUCACCCAUUCAGACAAAAGGAAUUUUUCCUGUGCCAUCUGUGGGAAACAAUUCAACCGCAAGGACAAGAUGGACCAGCACAUCAAAGGCCAUUUAUCAGAAAAACUCUUCAAGUGUGAGACAUGUGGGAAGGCAUUUUUCCGCAGCGAUCAGCUCCGAGCUCAUGAGAAGUUGCAUCAGAGCUCAAAAAAGCAGCAGUGCAAAAUCUGUCUACGCUUCUUCUCAUCAUCUGAACUGUAUGAGAGACACCUGGAGACACAUAAGAAACUUGACUCCAUGGCAUUAAAAUGCCCCCAGUGUGAUAAAUUGCUUUCUAGUGCAUACUCAUUGAGAAUGCAUAUGAAGAAGAUACACAAGGUGCAAGAGCCACUAGAAAGGAAGGCUGGAGAGUAC